AUGCGAUUCUCUUCGAGCCUCCUAGGGCUAUACGGCCUUUUAUCAGCCUCCGCCCUCGCUGUGGCCCAGCCCGGCGACACCGACUUUAUGAGUGUGCGCGAGAACCUCGCCAAGGACUAUGAAAGUGAGGGCCAGAUUCCUACAGAGAAAUAUUUCACGGAAUCCUCCUUCCAUUAUCACUAUGACGGCCGCUUCGCGGACCAGCCCCUGCCCGACGACAAAGUCACACCCCACCUUUCCGCCUUAAUUCAGACCUACCUAUCGACCAUGUCAUCCAUUGGCGCCGAAACUUGGAUCAUGCACGGCACUCUUCUUUCCUGGUGGUGGAAUCAAAAGAUCUUCCCAUGGGAUAACGAUCUCGACGUGCAAAUCUCCGAGCCGACUAUUCAUUUCCUGGCAGAAUUCUACAACAUGACGGAACACCACUUCGACCUACCCGGUGUUGACGGCGGACGCAAAUAUCUACUCGAAAUCAACCCCAACUACGUUGUGCGCAGUGAAAAGGACCGUUUGAACGUGAUCGAUGCGCGCUGGAUUGACACUUCGUCCGGCCUGUUCAUCGAUAUCACCGCCGUGCGCAAGGACGAGGCUCGACGCCAGCGUGGUGAAACCGAGGCUUUGAUGUGCAAGGAUCGCCAUCAUUACCAAGAGAGCCAGAUCUUCCCGCUGCGGGAUAGCUACUUCGAGGAUGUACCGGUCAAGAUCCCGUACAGUUAUACCUGGCUAUUGGAGGAGGAGUAUGGACCCAGGGCCUUGACGAAUAAGAACUUCCAAGGACACAAUUUCAACGAAGACAGCAAGAUUUGGGAGCACACGAAACGCAGCGUCAAGCGGUUUCUCCGCCGAGGCUGGCGCAUGAGUGAUCUGCCCACUCGCUCAGCUAACAACCAACCUCUCGUUCGCAUGGACGCAUCUUGA